CCCCUGCUGGUUAGACAGUCAGUCAGCAGCCAGACAGGAUGGAGUUCACACCACUCUGCUUCAUGCUCUUAUUAAUGAUCCCAUCUGAGUGUGCAAAAACAGCAGUCUCUCUCUCUCCUACAGUCUCUCUGAGCGUCAGUCCCAGCAGAUCUCAGUUCUUCAAGUAUGAGUCUGUCUCCCUGAGCUGUGAGGAUCAGGGGAGCUCUGCUGGAGGGAGGGUGAGGAGGAACACCACCAAGAGAUGGCUGGAGGAGUGUCCUGCUGACUGGGGUGUUGCUACAGCAGGCUCCCCCUGCUCCAUCCAAGACACGUUCCCACAUGACAGUGGAGUGUACUGGUGUGAGUCUGGCUCAGGAGAACACAGCCAUGCUGUCAACAUCACAGUACAUGGAGGAGCUGUGAUCCUGGAGAGUCCUGUCCUCCCUGUGAACCAGGGACAAGCUGUGACUCUACGCUGUAGAUACCAGACACCUCCCUCUAACCUCACAGCUGCCUUCUACAAGGAUGGAUCUCUGGUCAGGACUGAGGCUGCAGGAGAGAUGACCAUCCCUGCUGUGUCUACAUCUGAUGCAGGGUUGUACAGGUGCAGCAACUCUGAGCUGGGAGGAUCUCCAGACUGCUGGCUGGCUGUGAGAGCUCGACUCUUACUCCACCCUUCCUCCACCACCACCUCUCCAGCUUCACCUCCAGCCCCCCUGCUGUCUCUGCCCAGACUGCUGUGUGGCAUCCUGGUGUCUCUUCCCUACCUGGUGGUCACCAUCCUGCUGCUGGAGAGGUGCUGCAGGUCUAAAGGUGUGUGCUCAGAAGCUAAGUGUGAUAAAGAGGAGCUGUGAUGAUGUCACAAAGUGACCAGGUAGACCUGUUAGCUUCCCCAUCCCUAGCCUGUCUGUUAGCAUAGCUAUCAUUAGCUUUGUGUUGAAUGAGGUUUCUGCUAGCCUAGCCACCACUCUGUUAGCAUAGCUAUCAUUAGCCUUGUGUAGAAUGAGGUUUCUGCUAGCCUAGCCACCACUCUGUUAGCAUAGCUAUCAUUAGCCUUGUGUAGAAUAAAGUUUCUGCUAGCCUAGCCACCACUCUGUUAGCAUAGCUAUCAUUAGCCUUGUGUAGAAUGAAGUUUCUGCUAGCCUAGCCACCACUCUGUUAGCAUAGCUAUCAUUAGCCUUGUGUAGAAUGAGGUUUCUGCUAGCCUAGCAAUCUGUCUGCUAGGUUAGCAGAUUGAUAAUUGUUUACAGUGUUGGAUGUUUUUCGUUGUUUUACAUGGAAGAAUGAUGCACUGAUGUAUUGCUGCUGUUCAGUUGUAUUUGUGUUCUCAGGGAAGACAGCAUUUAGUCAGCUUCUGUAUAGCCUGCAGAGGUUGGCAUGUUUUGGAGUGUUGAGGUGUGUGUGUGUGUACGUGUGUGUGUGUGUGUGUGUAUGUGUAUGUGUGUGUGUGUUUGUGUGUGUGUG